CGAGAUCUAGGCUGAGUUAUUCAAUAUAAUAUUUAUGCUCGCAAGAAUGGCUGGAUAUCAACCUAGAAACGAAUCUAAGUUAACUUUAGAAAUCCGUACAAAAUCAAUAGAACAAACUCUUGUACCAUUAGUAACCCAGAUAACUACCUUAGUGAAUCAUAAAGAACGUACAAAACUUACAGAAAAGCAACAAAGAGCUUUAGAGAGAGUUGGACUUGCUGUGAGCUCAGCAGUCGAUAGAUUUGUUUCAGUUGGCCAGUCAAUAGCUGAAGAGAAUCUUGAUAUUAAGGCUGAUAUGUGCCUUGCUUGUCAUGAUGCUCGCAUAGCUGGUGAAACAAUACAAAGGCUAACAUCUUGUCACAGAGAUGAGACAGUGACAACAGAGAAAACAGCUAUGGUACGAGCAGCUCGUCAGCUUCUUUCAGCCAUUACAAAAGUACUACUUUUGGCUGAUCGUAUUGUUGUUAAACAGCUACUACUCAGCAAAGAAAAGGUUUUACAAAGCCUCUGUCAGGUUGAAGAAGUGAACAACUUUACUGAUUUUGUCUCUGCAUUUAGUCAGUUUGGUAAAGAUAUGGUUGAGCUAGCUCAUCUCUCUGGAGAUAGACAGAAUGAUUUAAAAAGCGAUAAACAAAGAGCACAAAUGGGAUCAGCUAGAGCUAUUUUAGAAAAAUCAACUAUGAUGCUACUGCUAUCUUGUAAAACUUGCUUGCGACACCCAGAUUGCUCUAGUGCACGCCACACACGCCAAGGGGUAUUUGCAAUGAUAAGACAGGCACAGGAACUUAUUCAUCAUGUAGUUGUUCUCGGUAGCCCAGAAGAAGGUCGCAGUGAAAAGGGGCAGGUGAUCAAUGGUGAUUCAGGCAUUGGACUUGCAUCCUCUCAUCCCACAGCUAGUAAAGCAUUUUCUGAUUUUGAGGAUCAAGUAGAUAUGGCAAGGGUUACAAUGAUAAGCCCUGCAGUUGAGGACAGGCUACUCACUGCUUUUGAAAGUGUUAAAGAAACAGUUGAAGAAUUUACAGAUUCAUACUACACUUCUCAUGAGUCUCGUGAAAAAAUAGUGCAGCUCACCGACAACUUGCGAGAUGAUUUACAGAAUAUGCUUCUACUAGGGCAAAAUUUGAACUGUAAAGAUGCAAGGACUCCAACUCAAGAUCUGGAAACUUCAAUUAUUAAAACAUUGGAAUCUGCCAAAAUUUUAAGAAAACAGCUUUUGACUACAGCUAUGAGUCAAGCAUCUGAUCUUUUUAGACAAAAUGAUGAUGAAGGAUUGCUCAAAGCUCUAAGAAUGGCUGGCUUGGCUGGAGAUCUUGAUAGAGUAGAAGAACUGACUGUCAAAUUUUCUGAACACCAAGAACAACUGGAAGAAGUUUGUAAGCUGUUCAGACAUAUGGCAAGUACAGAGCCAUUAAUAAUAACAGCUGAACACAAUGAAUCAUUUCUACAUUGUUUAGGUCCAUUGAUUCUAUAUGCAGCCCACACUCUUGCCCAGCAUUCUGAAUCAAAGAUAGCAAGAGAGAACCUAGAAGUUUUUAGUGAUGCUUGGGAGGCACAAAUUAAUGACCUAUCCAUCCUGGUUAAAGAAGUGAAUGACAUUUGUCAAGGCAGAGGGGACAAACUUGUGUAUUUGUCUCUACCACGACCUGGAAAACAUGGAACAACAUCUAGAUCUUUAAGGCCAGCAAAAUUGGAUGCUGAGGAGCAAGCUAAAAUUGCUAAACUGGGAUUAGAGAUGAAGCUAAUUACAUCUGAAACUGAAGCAGAAGCAGAUAAAUGGGAAGAGCCUGACAAUGCAGUUGUAAAAAGAGCUAAAAACAUGUCAAGUAUGGCAUUUAGUAUGUACCUAUUUACAAGGGGAGAAGGUCCCUUAAGAACUACACAUGAUCUUUUUGUUCAAGCUCAGUUUUUUGCACAAGAAGGAAAUAAACUCUAUUCCACUAUACAACACUUUGCACAAAGAGUUCCACCUUGCCCACAAAAAGAUGAACUUUUAGUCUACUUAGACAGAAUUCCUGUGUCUUGUCAUCAGUUGGUAACAACUUUAAAAUCAACAACAUUUGGGAAAACAGCAACAUUUAAUAAAGUGGACAGUGCAAUACAAGAAACCAAGAAUUUAAUGAACAUAGUUGCAAAAGUGGUGACAACAUGUUUUAUAUGUGCUACAAAAUACAAUAUUGAUUACCGUUGUUCACCCACACCAAGUGUUGGCAAUCAGGUUACCAGAUGGACACCAAGUCAAAGGUAUGAACUACGUUCAAGUGAUUCAGAGUCCCUCUCUGGAAGUGGAGGGCAAGAAGGACGAAGGUCCAGUGGUCAAGGUGAAGGACUGUAUAGAAAUAACACUGUAGCUAAACCUUACUCUAGCUUUGACAAGACAGGCUAAUUGAUAUUACCUGAUUAGAUUGUAAUUAAUUGUGAUUUUACUAGUCUCUUUUUUAUUGUCUAGAGCACCCAUAUUCCACAGUAUUAUAUUACUUUUGUAUUUGGUAUGUCCACUAAUCCAGUAAAAAGUUGAAUUUUUUCUCCUGUAGUAAAGCAAAAUUUCUCUGAGUUUUUUUUUUUCAUUCUUAAAAAGCUGCACUCUAAAAAAACUGUUUUAGAAUUCAUCCAUGGGUGUUCCCUUUAAAUCAAACUUAAAAUAUGAAUACAAGAAUUACAUUGUUUUUUUUUCCCAGCCAGGUAGCUAUCUUGUUUUUUUUAUUACAGUCACCUGUCCACUUAUUUUUUCUAAACAAUAAUUUAAUGACAUGUAAAAAAGUGAACCUUUUUAUUUUAAAAAGUACUUUUGUAAAAAACACAAAAAGUUAACAUCUCCGCCAGUAAGAAAUCUCACAUCAAUUUUUAUUAUAAAUUCAAUGUUUUUGCUGAUUCAUAUUAAUAAAGUAUGUUAGUUGUUGUAUACAGGUUCCUUUAAUCCUUCAAACUGGCGUAAUCAUUAAUAUUUUAAAAUUAACUAGCAUACCUUGUCCUAAGUGUUUUGUAAUCUAGCUUUAGGCAAAAUUAAAUGGUAUUACUCACUCUUGCCUCAAAUUCUAAAUGGUCUGAUUAUUAAAUAUUUAUACUUUUAAAAAAUAGACUAUAUCAUUUAGUUUUAUUUAAAGAUUGAGCUUUACACAUUUGUAAGGUUUUCAUAACAAUAAUAUUUUAUCACUUUGUUGCCAUUCAUUAAUGACAAAAAAAAUUCUUGUCUGAAUAUUUUGAACAAGAUUUUUAGUUUUAUCAAAAUUGGAUUAUUUAAGGAAAUUAUACUAAUUUAUUACAAUGCAUUUGUAAACAUUUGAUAUUAUAUUAUGUUAUAUUUAAAAUGAAAAUAUUGGUUGAGUAUUUAGUAACCACGAUAUUGUUACAAAAAUAAAAAGCCGAAAAUUAUGGGAAUCAAAGAUUUUGCACACUUAAGUAUAUUGUUUUCUAAAUAAAUAACAUGAUCCAUGUGAUUUAUAUAUAUAGUCAUUAUCUGAAGCAGUAGAAAUGUCUAUGGUCUGCAAGUUAAGGUAUUUGACAAUUUGAUGUAUAUUUGAAAAUAUCAUUGACCAUUAGCAAACACUUUGCUUAAGCUUAAUUGUGUCUUAGAUAACAAAAGGUUGGUUAAUCAUCUGAUGACAAUUCUAUCCCUCGAGCUAAUAUUUUUCUGCUUCAUCUUUAAAUCAUACAAUUUAAUAUUUUAAAUUCUUGAAUCUCAAAUCUCCUGAUUCAACAUUUUUUCAAGAACAACCAUCAGUUGUUAUUUAAGUGAUUUAAAUAGUCAGCUAAAUAAUAUCACAAGUACAAUAAAAAAAUUAUUUUUUACUUAGAUUAAAUUGUACUUUUGUCCAUUUCUGUUUCCUACAUAUAAUAAAUACAUUGUGUUAUUUUAUAAUAAUUUCAACUUCUUUAUGCUAAUUAAGCUAUUUUUAUUAGUUUUUUUUUUGCUUUUAUUUUGAUCCCCUCUAUACCACUUAUAAUACUCAUGCAUUUUAUUUGUUUAAGUGCACUCUUGAAAACCAAUAAGUGUUAUUUUUCAAAAUUGUGUUCACAUUUAAUUUUACUUCCAAUACAAUCAGGCUGUGCUGGUUUCAUUGCGUCUGUUUAUUUCCCCCCCCCCCCCCCUUUCCCAUUAGAAGAAGAAAACAUUUAUGCAUUUUAUGUAUAUUGUGUACCACGGAACUUUUUCUUUUACAGUAGAACCUCCAAUUGAUACUGAUAGUAGGAUCUAAAAUAUUUUACCUAAACCUUUUGGAGAAAAAAUGUUGCUUUAGCCCACCACCAUUUUAUCACUCACCAGCAUUGGUUGUGAGGGAUUAUAAAAAUCAGUUGUAUUAAAAACAAAUGUAUAGGUUAACAUUUUUCUUGCAACAUUCCAGAUUACUUUGUUAAAUAGUUGGAGUUUUUUUUUUUUUGUGGGUUAUUUAAUGAAAUAAUGAAAAGUUUGUACAAAAACAGAUAACAGGAUUUUCUGUUACUUGUUUUUAGAAAGAGGUAAUUGUAUUUGAAAAACAAGCAUUUAUAGAAAACUUAAAAAUGUAUUAUGCUGCCUUAGUAUGGCUUUAAUAUCUAGCAUGAUCCUUUACACAGCACUUGUAAUUGAAGGUUUUAAAUACAUUUUCUCAUGAAACUCAAAAAAGCUUUGUCAAUGAAUAUGCUUAUGGUUUAUUAGUUAUUGAUGGGGAAGAUGUACUACAGCAUCUUUUUAGGUUGGGGAACUAGAUGCUGUUUGGUUACAAAAAAAUAGUUUAACUUAGCAUAUAUUAAAUGUGACAACUGAUUAUAGAAAGAUAUAUGAAUUAAUUCAAAUGUUUAUGUUCAAAAUAUUUAAAACAAUGUUUAAUAUGUGAAACUUUUCAUUAUUGAUUAAAGUUUAUAUUCCAUAGUUGAUUCAUUACCCCACUUGAUUUAUAGUUAUUUUAUUCAGAUAAGGUUUCAGUAAAAGAACAUAUGUCAUAAACUAUAACAUUUUAAAUUCUGCCAUUAGUUAAUUUUUUUUUUAAUUCCAAUAAUUAAAUGAUAUAUUCUUUCUUUUAAUGUUUUAUUUGCAUUUCGUUUAAUCUGUUAAAUAAAAAUUGUUAUACCAUGCAAACAGUAUACAUAACAUAAUUGUAUUAUAAUUAUGUAUUGUUUAUUUUAUUUGGAGGUUCUACUGUAUUGUAUGCUUACAAUGUGGAAAAUAAAAUAAAAAUAUCAAUUGGUUUCCAAAACAUAUUGGUUAAACAUUUGGUUUCAUUUUAGACUGACUGUAAGUAGCUGUUUCUUUUUUUUAAUCUGCUGAAAUUCCUUAAAACUUUGUUGAAACUGAGACAACUAUUUUAAUUUUUACUUUGUAAUACCAGUGAUGUGAUAACUGAGGGUGUCACCCCAUCUCCCUCCUAUAAUUUUGUAAUUUUGGUCUGCUGACAUUGCUCUAUUUUAUUAGUUUAACUGGAUAAAAUGUUUUGACAAUAAAUUUUAUUUAUGACACUUUUCAAUUUGGUGUCACUCCCAAAUAUUGACUAC